CUGUGAGUUGUAUUCCAUUUUGUUGUUGUUUUGUUUACAAAGUGAUGAAUGGUCUGUAACUGGGCUACAUGAUUCAUUCAUUUUUAGUGUGUUGAGUGCACUACAACUAACCUUUUAACUGGCCCGCACCUUUGUUUUUCCAGCUCAUUACAAAAACAGAGAAAUUAUUUGUGCUUUGUAAAGAAGUAAACUAAAAGUCCUUAUUUCCCUGUUGGAAAUGUCCUUUGGGGUGCCAUCAAAACAAAUACAUGGCACCACGGUAUGUGUGGUAAUGCACAUUGCAAUAAAACAAGAGUUUUACCACAUGUUACAGCAGUGGAAAAAUGCAAAUGGUUCCUUGCAGAUAAGAAGCACAUAUGAAAACCAUUAUUUGACCUACAGGCUGAUGAACUAGUGUCUUCUGGUAUUGGGUCACUGAUAUUUAUUUACAAUAUUUCUCUAAUUGAACAGAUGAAGAGAGUUUGAAUUUCUGGCGAUGAAUACGAGUUCUGUGAUGGAUUUUACCUUCAAGGGGCUCACUGACAACACUCAACUCAACAUUCCAUUGUUCAUAAUAUUUCUUCAUAUUUAUUUUACAACUGUAAUUGGUAAUGUUGGCCUCAUCUCCCUAAAUAUAAUGGACACACAUCUACAUAAGCCCAUGUACUUGUUUCUGAGCAAUCUUUCCUUUGUGGAUCUCACAUAUUCUUCGUCAGUCACCCCUAAAAUGUUAAGGGACUUUUUAAGUACAACCAAGACCAUCUCUUUUCUUGGCUGUGCCAUCCAGAUGUAUGUCUUUGGAUCCUUUGCUACAGUUGAAUGUCUUCUUCUGGGAAUCAUGGCCUAUGAUCGCUAUGUGGCCAUCUGUAUUCCAUUGAUGUAUCAGGUCCACAUGAGUAGUAUCUUGUGUCUCCGAAUGUUGGUUGCUACCUAUUGUGGAGGUUUUUUGAAUUCUCUUGUGCACACAGUUUUCGUUUUCCGUCUUAACUUUUGCACGACCAACAUUAUUGAUCAUUUUUUCUGUGACAUUCCACCGCUCCUUAAGCUGUCCUGUUCUGAUGUGUCCAUGAACUUAGCUGUUCUGAUUAUUUUAGGUGGCCUGGUCACCGCGGGCAGCAUCAUACUGAUCUUUGUCUCCUACACCAACAUUAUACUGGCCAUUCUGAGAAUCCGGUCAACCCAGGGAAGAUACAAGGCUUUUAACACUUGUGCUUCUCAUAUGACUGUUGUCAGUCUUCUAUAUGGAACUGUCCUCUUUAUGUAUUUUCGUCCUUCUACUAGCUAUGCCUUGCAGCAAGACCGGGUUGCUUCUGUGUUCUACAGUAUAGUUAUACCUAUGUUAAAUCCUCUCAUAUAUAGUCUUAGGAAUUCCGAGGUUAAAGAAGCAUUAGGGAGAAUAUUUUAAAUAGUUACUAAUGUUUCCAGGCCCCCUAAACCACUACUGCCAUGCUCUUGUUUGUUUCAUUUUAGAGCAACGUGUCAGUCAUCUGAAAGUAGCCCUC